UAGACAACAAGUUUUACGAAAGGGUGGUGGCGUUCAAGGCAAAGGGUCUGAAGGUGCUGAUGACACUGGGAGGUUGGAACGAUUCGGCCGGCGACAAAUACAGUAGACUGCAGGUAAACUCGCCGGCGGCUAGGCGAAGAUUUAUCACGCAAGUUCUUGACUUCAUCGAGAAGUAUGGUUUCGAGGGUCUCGAUCUCGAUUGGAAAUAUCCGGCAUGCUGGCAAGCGGACUGCAACAAGGGCCCGGAGUCUGACAAGCAAAGCUUCGCUGAGCUGGUGAAGGAACUGAGUAACGAGUUUAAGCCUCGAGGAUUACUUCUCUCUGCGGCCGUAUCGCCAAGCAAGAUGGUGAUCGACGCGGGAUACGACGUUCCUAUCCUGUCCAAAUACCUGGACUGGAUAUCUGUGAUGACGUACGACUUCCAUGGUCAAUGGGACAAAAAGACUGGCCACGUAGCACCGCUGUAUUCUUUACCGAAUGACUGGAAACCGACAUCUAAUGCUAACUUUUCGAUCCAUUAUUGGAUAAAGAAAGGUGCAAAUCCGAAAAAGUUGAUCAUGGGCGCCCCAUUACACGGCCAAUCAUUUUCACUUGCGGAGAGAAAGGUACACGGAUUAAACGCGCCAACCUAUGGCGGCGGCGAAGCUGGAGAGGCGACCAAUGCAACAGGCUUCUUGUCAUAUUACGAGAUAUGUGAAAGAACGUUGAAGAAGGGAUGGACAGUCGUUCAGGAUAAAGACAGAAGAAUCGGCCCUUAUGCCUACAAAGAUGAUCAGUGGGUGAGCUUCGACGACGCUCAACAAAUCAAACUGAAGGCAGAACUGAUCAAGAAACUUGGUCUUGGCGGUGGUAGUGUUUGGGCCUUAGAUCUGGACGACUUCAACAACAGAUGCGACUGCGAGCCUAGUCCGCUAUUGAAAACAAUGAAUCGAGUUUUGAGAAAUUAUCCGAAAGGCCCGCUGUGUCCCAUUACAGAAGGAGCGGUUGUAACGACGUCAGCCAAACCGACAUCGAAUCCACAACUACCACAAAACGUCCAAUAUACGAAUCCACUACAUCAUCAAGACCAAUAUAAGGGGAGAUCGGGGCACUAUAAGCCACAAGAAUUCAAACUCUGAAAAGUACUUUUAAAUAUAAGAUUUUUUGUCUCAUUUUUUUUUAAUAAUUAAAACAUUAUAUUUUAAAAUUUAUUUAGCGUAUUUGGCAAAUAUUGAUUAGUUUUGGAAAAAAAAAUUAAAAAACAUUUUUUGAGAAAUGACCCAAGGUGCCUCAUACCCGGGGCAUCAUGGGUCUGUCACUGAGGCAUUAUAAAUCACACAAAAAACUACGUUUAUUUAUUCAAAAAAUAACGAAAAGUUAUAAAAGUUAAAAAAAAUUUAUAUUAUAUACAUUUUCUUAUGACACUGUUCAGGAUUGGGCAGGACAAACAAGAUAUCAGAACCCACUAUUGAAAUAUCAUUUUUUUGGGAGAAAAACUGACUUUUGACAUGUUUUCUUCAAUCAAAAAUAAAAUAUAUCAUCAACCUAUAUAUCUAUCUAUCAUUAAGCUUGGUGGCGUGUGUGAUUUAUGGUGCCACAGAGCAGUGGGUACCAUGGUGCCCCGAAUGCACUUAAUAUAGAAGAAGGUGAAACGUAAUAAAAAAAAAUAAACGAUACACGAUUAUCUGUAGUGCAGUAAAAUGACAAAAGAUGUUAGAAAGUUUUACCUAAUUUUUAGUACGUGUAUAUUUUACUACAAAAACAAUAUUAAAACAUUUCUAAAUGGUUAAAAUAGUAUAUUACACUACAAGGGCAGAAAGUUUAAGAAAAAACUUUUUUUGCACACUAGUAUAACUCUUAGACAAUACAAAAAAAUUUUAUUCAUGAAACAAAAUUAUUUAAACAAAAGAUAUAGCAGAUCUUGUUGAGCGCCUUAUUUCAAAGCACGAAAUCGGUGUGCAGUCUCUGGAUCGCAAAAAUGAUCCAAUCUGAAAAUUUCAAAUGAUUUUGUAAUCUAUAUACGUACAUUUUCUAUAUGAAUAGGCGCAAAAUUUAAAAAAUAAAAAAUUUUAAUUUUUACAGCAAUUUAAAA